AUCAGUACGUGGUUUGCACAGGUGAAUAUUUGUAAAACUGACAAAGCUGAAUAUUUGUAAAACUGUGUAAUUUGUCAUUGACAAGGAGCUCAGAAUAACGAUUGCUUUCACUGCAACAUGUGAAUGAUUUACACUUGUUCUCUUUCAAGGUCUCAAGUGUGAAAGUGGUGGUGGUGUGAUGAAGUGAGGAAUUGUAGGCUUUUGCAGAUCUGUUGAUUUAUUGUCUGGAUUUUUGGUAGACUGUCUUAAGUAAUCAAGUGGAAGUAGCUACUCAGGAGCUCAUAACCCAAAAGGAGAAUGAAGGCACGUGCUCCACCUCCGCCCUCAGCCCCCCAGCCUGCCCCCCGCAAGAUCUUCCGCAAUGCCAUCCCCGAUGGAGGAGCAGCGCUCGAUACCAAGGAGAAUGUGGCACAGAGCACUGUGGACCUCCAAAUCACACUGCCUAAUGGAUACGGGACCCUGGUGUCUGUGGAUGGGAGGAAAGCUCUGAUGGACGUGUUGGUGGACUUGUGUGCUCAGUACCACCUGAAUCCAGCUGAGCACACCCUGGAGCUGGCGUCGACUGAGGGCCAGCCCAUUUCCUUCAAGCCCAACGCCUUGCUAGGAACACUGCACGCCAGCCGCGCCCUCAUCAAGGAGAGAACUCCAGAGGAGCGGGUACCCAGGAAACCCGCACCCAAAGUGCCAGAGAAGACAGUGCGGCUGGUGGUGAACUACCACCGCGGGCAGAAAGCAGUAGUGCGUGUGAACCCACUCAUACCCCUGCAAAGCCUCGUGCCCACCAUCUGCCAGAAGUGUGAACUCAACCCUGCACGUGUGCUCCUGCUCCGUGACGCCAUUAGCCAGCACGAGCUGGACCUGUGCAAGUCACUCACCGAGCUCGACAUCCGUGAGCUUUAUGUGCUUGACCAGACACUGGUUCUCCAGCCUAAAAUGGUCUCGGCUCCUGUCCUUAACUACUCAGCAGAAUCUCUCAACUCCAACACUAGUGCCAGUGGAGGCGAGAAGAAGGGACUUCUUGGCUUGUUCAGCUUCAAUCGGAGGAAAUCGAAGACAGAAGAGUUCUCUGAUGACAUGGAUCAGGACGAUGGCAGGCUCAUGCAAAACACACACACUAACAUCAGUGGUCUGUCGGCGGUCAGCGGCGUGUGUGUAGAGGCUCGUCCCAACACUCUGGGCCAAUCACAAUCGGCCAUGAACCUCUCCAGGCUGUCUCCCAAAAUGGAGCCCAAGAAACGGCGCGCUCCAGCUCCACCUCAUCCUUCAGCUCCUACACUCAUGCAGACACAAACGCAGAGCAGUCCUGCACCGGUGGCACAGACAAAACCCAGCUCGCCAAGUCAGCUAAAGAAACGGAAAGCCCCGCUUCCACCACCUACCGUACAUCCCACCACCUCCUCACCAGCUCUCGCCGUGGCUGCUGCCCAGGUACCCAGCGCUACUGCGGCAUCCGAAGACUCCAUGUCCGAUCUGAGUCACAGCAUUGAGGACUCAGAACCGGCUGCCUCCACCUGCAGCAGCUCCAGCAGCGAUGACGCCGCUGAAUCCAGCAGCCUGGCUGAGGAAGCCAUGGCCGAGCCGGCCAUUGAGUUGACCUCCAAGGUGGAACCAGUUCCAGAACCGAAUCAACAGCCGGCACGCAGAAGCUUUGUUAAGAGAGAGCCUGAGGAGACAGAAUCUGCGCUGGAGCUUAAAAUGGAGGAAGUGGAGAACAGCCGUCAAAGUGCAAUAGUCUGGCAGCACACAGUGGAGCAGGAAGCUGAGACAGUGUCCAUGUGCAGCAGUGAGAGCUUGGCUGAUCAAGGUUAUGCAGCAUCUGAGGGCAUGGCUGACUCUCCGAGUACCUCCCCUGAGGACACUGCUUCCCUGGGUCCCGAUCCCUCUCUGAGCCCCACCCAGCCUCAGGAAGACUGCGACAGCGAUGAGGGCUGCGCCACAUGGGGCUCGCGCCACAGCAGUGGAAACAUGCGACCCAGGGACCUGUCAGUCAAGAGAAAUGAUGGCUAUGAGGAAGACACAGAGAUCACUGCCCAGAUCCAAUUAACCUUGGCUGAUUUGGAUGCAGACUUGGCAGAUGAAGUUAAUCGGUCAUACGAGGAAUCCGUGUGCUUGGACAAUGAGAUCCCUGUGUCUGUGGUUGAUAUGGAUGUUCCAGUUACAGCCAUUGACGAAGUCAUUGAUGACAAACCAACCAGCUUGAGUGCUGAUGAGGCAACUCUAUUGCGCAGUAGCCAGAACGAACAAGGUGGCUCAAACAAGGAAAUCGUAGAUCUCCAGAACAAAAACAACAAUGCUCGCAUGUCAAAGAAAGCAAGUAUUAGUCCAUCCCAAGCAGAUCAGAUUCAGUCAGAUGACAAGAAGGAGCAAACAGAGAACGUCACUAUAAGCCCAGGGAUUAAAGGUAAAGUUGAACCGGAUAAACAGAAGCUGCCAGAAACCUCUCAAAGUCCUGCAAAGUCUACGGUUACCCGUAGUACACAGAAUGUUCCUGAAAGCAGACUUUGGCCUCCACCAACAGUACAGAGCCAUAGGAAGGAAAACACAGAAGUGAACAGAGCCUCGUCUGUUAAAGCUCAAAACAUGAUCAGCCAGAACCCGGUGUCUAGAUUCGGCUUGAAAACAAUUACCAUUGUCCCUACCAAACCAGUCGGGUCUCAAAAUCACGUUAUGUCAGAAGGCUCCUUGCGUAUAGGUGCCAUAAAAAUUGAUGAGCUGGGUAACAUGGUCACACAGAGAGAGACUCAAGACAAAUCUGAUCGCCUUGACGAGGCAAGUGAUGACCGAGAUUCUCCACUCCUGGACAAAGCUAAGGCCUUCUGGAGCUCAGCCAAGAAGGAAGAUUCAGCACCUACUGCCUAUAAAAGAGCUUCUAUAAGGACUGGAGAUGUUGAAAAACCCCUGGAAAACCCCAAACCAUUACCUGUAACAGUAACGUCACAACCUACAGAAAAAUCAAGUGUUAUGGAACCACCAAAACAGGUCAGUGGGCCAAGCACCAACCUCGCAUCCGCAGUAAUGAAAAAGCUUGCUGUUUCAGAUCCUGCUGAAAAUAUCUUUUUCUCAGAACACAGGAAGAAUCUUAAUUUUCUCAAGCCUUCCAGACGAACUUCAAGUCAUUAUGUGGCUUCAGCUAUUACUAAGUAUACAGGGAAUUCCUCAAGCAAGGUAGAUGGAUUUCAGGAGCUUCCAGAGUCAACAUCUGCUGGACAAAAGCAAUUAACUAGCCAAGGCUUCAAGAAUGACCUAAGACCUGUGCAAGCAGUAUCAAACCAUAAGGCUUCAAAUGCAUCCGCAAACUCUGUGCCUGUACUUCCUCGCACAAAACCUUACCCAAGUUAUACUGCAGAGAAGCAGGAAAUCUCUAGGGAACCACAAAUCAUUGGUACAGACAUAUCUAGCACUAAAGCUUUGAACUCCAGCCCAGUAAAUAGCAAGCCUCAACAGCAAGCACAGAUUUCUACAUGCUCUGAACUCACUCCGUCCUCUUCUAAAGAGUACAUGUCCAUGAAAAAGGCCCCAGGACACCCUAUGCCUCUAAACAGUACAAUAAACACUACCCGUCCAGCAGUGGCGAAGAAACCGGAGUUACACAGUCUUGGUCUCCAGCCAAGUCCGUUUGGGCCAGUAAAAAAGUUUAAGCCUGUGGUCCCGAAGUCGGUGGAGAAGGAGACCUCGCUUCACAGUUCACUCAUGGAGGCAAUUCAGUCAGGAGAGGGAAUGGAACGUCUCAGAAAGGUAUCCGACUCUUCCAAGACAAGCACCCUGAAGAAGCCAUCUUACGUGGAGCCUGAAAAUGAACGUUCUGCUCUCCUGUCGGCCAUCCGAGCUGAAAGUACUUCAGCAAGACUUAAAAAGACAAGCUCUUCAGCCGCUGUAGAGCUGGAGCAGUUCAGGAAGUCUGAGGAGAACAGGGCCAACCAGAGACAUACAAGUCCCUCAACUACGCCUGUUUUCGCACCUCCACAACCACCACCAACAUUUACACCACCACCACCGCCACCAACCUUUACACCACCACCACCGCCACCAACCUUUACAACACCACCGCCACCAACCUUCACACCACCACCUCCUCCUCCCUUGUCCUUGACCAAGCCAACUGUGGUGCUGCCUGCAGGGGGAAACCCAGAGUCUGCCAGAGAGGCACUGCUGGAGGCCAUCCGCUCAGGCGCUGGGGCUCAACGGCUUAGGAAAGUCCCGGUGUCAGCAAAAACAGUUAAAGUGAAUGGAAGACUAGGCAUCAUCCGGGCAUCAGCUUCACCUCCUCAAAAACCCUAGAAGCUCUUUUCAGAUUUGUUUUGAGGAAUUUUCCCAAUUUAGCCAAAUUUCAUGUUGCAUGCUAACUCAUUUGCUAAAGUCUAUUGCAUAAUACGGUUAUUUAUUUUUUGUUAAUAGUCGCAUGCUGCUUUAAGUCUGUGCCAAUCAUUUUUAUUUUUAUUUUGUAAUUAGGAAUCUUUGUUAAGGGGAAAAGAACAUGUGCUCUUGUUAUUGUGUUAAGGACAACAUACUCUACAUCUUUUACAUAAAUCUUUACACUUCCUAAUGAUCUAUCAGUAUUUUGAAGGGAUUUUCUGCUUUAACACAUUCUGACUCAAGUCACACGAAAUCUUUAAUUUCAUUUGGAUGAGAGAUUUGAUUUUUUUUUCUUUAAUCUGAUUUAUUUUUAGCUUUUCAGAUUUAAUACUAAUAAUGACGAUACAGUGAAGUCAGUCAGUGCUAAUUGUUUUAGUCAUAAUGACAAUUCAUUUUUUUUCUUGAAGCAUCGUAGUUAUACAUAAAGCAAAAUAAGCAUUAUUGUAAGAUGUUUAAAUUAAACAUAUAAUAUAAUAUAUAUAAUAUAGUAUAACACUUUGUCAUACUUGAUCAGAGAUUCAUUUCAUAAAUACCUAUUAAUACCUUUUCACCAUGCUGCUAUUUGAUAAAAUUUUAUUUAUGCCAUUUUGAUCAGAAGGGGAAAUGAAAAGUAUCUACAAAUUAUAAAUAUAUUUAAUAUGUCAUUCAUUUAAUAUAUAUAAAGUGGACUGCAUGACGGACCUACAGAAGGUCUAGACAGGUCUAACUUUAAAAUCCAUGGGCUCUUAUGGAUGGAGAUUAUUGGACCAGAAUUUUUUUGAGAGUUGUAUAUUUUGUACCUGUUUAUAAUUAGAAAUUGUGUCUAUGAUUCAUUUUGAUUAGCUGCCACAUUGUUGGUAUAAAGUUUUUUUUUUUUUUUUAAUCUUUUGUAAUGAAGUGUGCAAUAUUUUUUGAAAGAUUACACAGAAAUUUAGAUAAAAAUCAUAAAUCAAUAAACCAUUUUGUAAUCAUUUAAAUAGCUUUA